AUGGCGCCAUUGGCACAAGCUGUGACGGUGUCCUUACAGGACCUGAAAGAAGGUAUCGAGUCAUGGAAUCCUCAUGCGGUCGAUCAGGCGUUUGGGCCCGACUCUCUGGGCAUACUCAUCGUCAAAGAUGUCCCGUCUCAGUUCGUUCAGUUGAGGAGGCACCUUCUCUCCUACUCUUCUUAUCUCGGCAAUCUUCCUUCAGGAGAACUAGCAAAACUCGAGAAUGAAAAGGCCAAGUACCUGACCGGAUGGUCCCUUGGCAAGGAGACGCUCAAGAAUGGCCAGGUGGACACUCUGAAGGGCUCGUUCUAUGCAAACUGCGCAUUCUACGUCGAUCCAGAGUUGUCGUGCGCCAAACCGACCGAGGAGUUCUCCGAGGAUAACUUCCCCGAGUACCUCUCCCCAAACAUCUGGCCCGACGAAGCGACCUUGCCGGGGUUCAAGGUCACCUUUGAGCGGCUGUGCAGGCUCAUCAUCGACGUCGCCGUGCUGGUCGCCAAGGCCUGUGACAGAUUCGCCGAAAAGGAGAUUACCGGCUAUCCGAAGGCGUAUCUCGAGCACGUGGUCUCGACUUCGACGACGACAAAGGCGCGCCUGUUGCAUUAUUUCCCAGAUGAGACUGGAUCUAGCAGCGCCACUGCAGAGGGAGCCGACGAGGACGACUGGUGCGCUACGCACCUCGACCACGGGUGUCUGACUGGCUUGACGUCGGCCAUGUUUGUCGAUGAGAAGAGGUUCUUCCCCGAGGAGCCCGGUUUCGAGCCCACUGUGCCGCCAAUCCUGGGCGCUCUGGAGGAGCUCGCAACGUCCCCCGACCCGGCAGCAGGACUGUACAUCAAGUCCAGGACGGGCGAGACGGUGCAGGUCAAAAUCCCUAAGGACUGCAUUGCAUUCCAGACAGGCGAGGCCUUGGAGAGGAUCACGGCGGGCAGGUUCAAGGCUGUUCCGCACUUCGUGAGGGGCGCCCGUGCAGCGAUGAGUGAGGGCAAGAUUGCGAGGAACACACUGGCCGUGUUCACACAACCCAACCUGGGCGAAGAGGUGGAUAUUUCGCAGCACAUCACCUUUGGCGAGUUUGCCAGGGGAAUUGUGGCCAAGAAUACCGUCGUAUGA